AUGUUCUACAUCAUCGGGCUCGGUCUAUGUGACGAAAAGGACAUAACUGUUCGCGGGCUUGAGGCAGUUAAGAGCUCAACGCGAGUGUAUCUAGAAGCGUACACCAGUAUCCUGAUGGUCGAGAAAGAUCGCUUGGAAGCGUUCUAUGAGAAAGAGCUCAUUGUAGCUGAUCGCGACAUGGUGGAGACACAGAGCGAUGAAAUCCUUGCUGGCGCGGACACAGGACAUGUAUCGCUCCUCGUAGUAGGGGAUCCGCUCGGUGCGACUACCCACACCGAUAUAGUCUUGCGUGCUCGAGCACUCGGUAUCCCCGUCAGAAUCAUUAACAACGCGUCGAUCAUGAACGCCGUAGGCGUAUGCGGCCUGCAGCUCUACAACUUCGGACAGACCGUAUCCUUGCCAUUCUUCACAGAAACAUGGAAACCCGACUCCUGGUACGGGCGUAUAAAGGAAAACCUCGAUAUCGGACUCCAUACUUUGGUUCUGCUGGACAUCAAGGUGAAGGAACAAAGUGAAGAGAACCUUGCUAGAGGGCGGAAGAUCUACGAACCCCCGCGAUACAUGUCCAUCCCAACAGCCAUAUCUCAGCUACUAGAAGUAGAAAGCACGAGAGGCGAAGGAGCUCUGGACCCAGAUAAAACCCUCGCUAUCGCGCUCUCUCGUGUCGGCGGCCAUCCACCUGGAGAUCAAUCUCAAUCGACUGACGGGGAGACCAUCGUCAGCGGCACGCUUGCGGAAUUGGCGGCGGCACCUCCAGAGGCGUACGGCCAACCGCUACACAGUCUAGUGAUUGUCGGGAAGAGGCUCCACUACCUUGAAGUCGAUUAUGCGGGCGAAUGGGCGCGUAAUAAGGAGAACUGGAGAAGCGUAGCUGAAAACGUUUACGGAUGUACACUUGAAUAG